CACAUUGCUUCCACUCAGUGUCUAGGAGGAAGGACUGGCUCUGUCCCAGACUGGGAAGGGAAUAUAAUAUGGCUUCAGAGUCAGACAGCACCCCAGUCACCCAGCAAAUAGGCAGGAAUGUGGAGUGGAGCAGUGCUGAUCUCUCCCAUACACUCCACCACCCAGAUCUAGAGAUAGCUGCAAGUUGUCUGCUGAGGGACAGGAAUGGGAAGAGCUUUGAGUUCAGAGACCUUUACAAGGAGAAGGCGGCAAUCAUAAUCUUUGUGAGGAAUUUCCUGUGCUACACUUGUAAAGAGUACGUGGAAGAUCUGGCUAAGGUUCCCAAAAGUUUUCUACAGAAAGCUGAUGUCAGACUUAUUGUUAUUGGUCAAUCCUCAUAUCUUCAUAUACAGAAUUUUUGCUCCAUAACAGGAUAUCAUCAUGAAAUAUAUGUCGAUAAUGACAGAGAAGUAUAUAGCAAGCUGGGAAUGAAAAGGGGAGAAACAUCAACUUCAUCAGCUGGGAGUCCCCAUGUCAAAUCAAACGUCAUCACUGGGAGUAUUAAAAGUAUAUGGAGAGCGAUUACAAGUCCCGCAUUUGAUUUUCAAGGUGACCCAGCACAGCAGGGUGGAGCAUUAAUAGUAGGUCCAGGUAACAGGGUCCAUUUCCUGCACCGUGACAUGAACAGAUAUGACCAUGUUCCCAUCAGUUCUCUUCUUAGAUAUGCAGGAGUACAAACAAUUCAUUUUGGUCAUCAACGGCCGAUGUUAGAAGUUUGAAGUACACAAAUGGAUAUAAUUCCACGACAAUCCAGAAGCCAUAUUUUGCUCAAAUACUAUUUUAUUUCUAAUUUACUUGUUAACUUAGCUAUUGUGGACAUUUUUAUAUAAAAUGUAUGUUUUGUACAAUUGUA